CAGCAGCUCCGCCUGAGCACCCAAGCAGGUGCAGCGGGCUUCCCCGGCAGAACCCCUUGGUGCUCUCAGGCAGCAACGGCCCGGCCGGGUUCGCAGGGAUAGGCCUCGACCGGCACAGAGAGCCGCCCGCCUCCCUACACGCUGUGCCGUGCCGGUGCUGCCGCAAGCCGCAGGGCGGGCCCGGCGCCCUCCUCCGAGGGGAAGCGGCCGUCACCCCGGAGGCCCGACCGGCUGCUGCGGAGGCCCGUCCCCCUCAAUCCGGGUAUCGCCGCCCCCUGGGCCGCGGCGGGAGAGCUGCGGGGAGUGAUCCCGCAGCCGGGGCGCCCCGCCGUCUUAGGACAGCACAGAAAUGUCUCACUUUGAAAAUAAAGGAUUGAUACUGGGCAUAAUGGCAGGGACUGCUGGAAUAAGCCUGGUCCUGGUUUGGUACCACAAGACCCGAAAACCCAGUGCAGCCGUGCACAUGCCUGCAUUCACAGAUGUAGGGAACAAGCUUCAUUCUGUGGGUUUGGAACACGAAGCCCAUAAUGAACAAGGAGCAGUCAUGGUUUUACAUGGAAGACAACUACAGAUACUUGAAAAACUGAACGGCUUGCUAAUAAGUGUGGAUGAACUGAAGAGAGAGGUGAAAUUUCUGAAAGAAGCUAUUCCAAAGCUGGAAGAUCUGGUUCGAGAUGAGCUCCAAGGGAGAGGGGAUGCACAGAGAACUAGCCCAUCACACAGAGCAGCAAGGAGGAGGAAAGUGGAGGCAGCAUCUGGUGCAACAGAAACUACCAGCUCUGAAGAGGCGGAAAGUGAAGGAGGUUACCUUACAGCUCAUACUGAUACUGAAGGAGACUCUGAGGAAGAGAAGGGCUGUAAGAAGUCACCUGAUACCACUGUGCAGCCAGAAGAUGAAUUAUUUAAUCUUCUACAGGAGGUGGACAGUUUGUACAAGGGUUCAGAGGAUGACAAAAAGGAGAGCUUCAAACUACUACUUGAGAAAGAAGCCAAGUAUGAAAACUGUGUGGACUUUCUUUGGAGAUUUGCACGUGCUUACGGAGAUAUGUUUGAGAUGGCUACUGAUGCUGAGGAAAAGAAAAAAUAUGUGUCUGACGGAAAGGCUAAAGCUGAAAAGGCUGUCCAGUUGGAUGCCAUGAGUGCUGAGAGUCACCAGUGGUUUGCAAUUAUGUGUGGCUAUAUGUCUCAGUUUGACAGUGUACAAAACAAAAUCAGGAAUGGUUAUCUCUUUAAGGAGCAUCUAGAUAAAGCAAUUGAACUGAGGCCUCAAGAUCCUCUUUUAUAUUACCUAAAUGGAAGAUGGUGCUAUUCAGUAUCUCAACUGUCUUGGCUUGAAAAGAAAGUAGCUACUGCUCUCUUUGGUACUCCACCAACUUCAACAGUAGAUGAAGCAUUGCAGAAUUUUCUUAAGGCAGAAGAAAUGCAUCCAGGAUAUUCCAAAUGCAAUUAUGUGUAUUUGGCAAAGUGCUAUAAAGAUCUUGGCCAGAAAACCAAUGCACUGAAGUACUGUGAAUCUGCACUGUCAGUUCUCCCGGUUACUAAUGAGGACAAAGAGGCCCAGAAGGACUUAGAGGAUUUACUUCUCACACUGAAGAUGUGAUACUGCGCGCUUUUUAACUCUUCAUGCUGUGAUAAAGCUGAGAGUCUGUAGUGAUUGUGUGCAGCAGGUGAAUUCCAGCUGAGUCGAUGGGAACGGCCUCAGUCGAUGGGAAGCAUGUGGCAAUUAUGUCAUGAAAAUGACGCGUUCAUUUUUGAUUAUUUAUAAUUCUAUAUUGAAGAUUAAUUUUAGAUUGCUGACACCGUGAGUUCAAUUCUCUGAACAAUGAGUCCACUGCUGGCAAUGGACAUAAUGGGGAUUAGAAUGCAAAAUGCAUAAAUCUUACUCUGAAAGAUUAAUCAACUAAUAUCUGAUGCCAGCAUAAAACUGCGUGCAGCAAAAUCAAAAGAAAAAAUAUUUCUAUAGUAAAUUAUAUUUAUAUCAAUUAAUAUAUACACAGGUAUGUAUGAAAGGAAAUCAUGAAUGUUUACACCCUACUGUUAAAUAAUUAGGAUCUUUCUAAAGAGAAAGGUGUUGCUUCCACAAAACUCUUUUUACUUUAAAACUUCUGCUGGUUUUACAUAGAUACGUGAAAACUUUACAAAUUAAAUAUUAAAGCUAUAUUUUAUUUGUAACAUCAGUGGGUACAAUAUUAAAAAUCAGACUGGUGAAAUUUAGUGUUUUAGAUGAAUCUAUCACAGCAGUGAUAUUUAAUGGCUUUACUAAAAGAUCUCCAUCAUGUUUGUGAAUCCUGGAUCUUUCUGUUUGAACAGAUGCCAAGUGUGGUGGUGUUGGUAUAUUCCCUGAAAAUCUCGUUUAACGUGUGACUGCCAUUAACCUCAUGCCACCUGCAUAACACAAACUGUACAUAAAAAUACAUACUUUGAGCAUGUAGGACAACAGUGUUUUCAAUAAAAUGUAGCAGGCAAGCAGAUAAUUUUGUUCACAAAUGGACUGAUCCAGAAUUCACUCAACUGUGAAGAAAAAUAAAGACCAGCUUUCAUUGGCUUUCAAUUCAGAGUCUUAGACUAGAUGUGGGAAGUAUAUCUGGAAGAAGUAUUUCUGUUAAAGGAAAUGAAGGAAAUAAAAUUGAAUAAGGACAACUUCACAAUCCCUUGACUUCUUUGAUGUGUAAGAUGACUUUGGCUAUCUCAUGGCUAAGACAAGGAGGACUGAUAAGGCCUCAAUAUGUACAACUAAUAAUUGGGCAGUUAGCUUAGGACAGUGACAUUACCUUAUAGUGAUGUCCACAAAGAUCUAAAGACUGGGCGAGAGUGGAGAAAUAUAUGUAUAUACAUAUGACUGAAGCAUCUCAUAGCUCAUAGAGUGAGCUCUAGCUUCUAACAACAGAUGGCAAUAGGUGCAGUAGACUAGAAGACAAACUGUACAGAAUUGUAUUGAAUUUAGCCUGAAUCCUUGACUCCUUCUGAAGCACAGAGGUUUUGCAAGGUUUUCCUAAAACAGGGCUAUCCUUUUAAAAACAUUUCAAUUAAAACUACAUUUUCCAAAACAGAGAAAUUACUGUGGCAACUCAGAACCAAUUCUGAAAGUUUCUGAGUUGUCACUGUCACCUUCAUGGUUUUUGUUAUCCUGAGGAUCUUCACAAAACACAAUCAUUUUAGUUAUUUUUAUUGUUCAUUAAAGGGAAAAUGUUUGCUAUAACACUUUUUCAAUCCCAGAGUUCUUCAUUUUUUUCACACAAUUUCAAACUCUAUUAAAUAGUUCCCUCUGUGUCUUAAUAAAUGAUGUGUGAAAAGAGAAGCUGCAAAUGGCAAGGGGCUUUUGAUAAAAUCUGUAUUUUGCAUUUCCACAGCCAAAGCAGGAAGCGUAGUGUAAGUGGAUCUAUUACUGCAAUUGCUGUUUAGAGCUGUUGUUAGUCAGUCACUGUUGCCUAUGAGGAUGCAGUAAAUUGGGCCUUUACUUAUAUAAUUUCAUAUUAUAAAUCUAAAAAUAGAUUGGAUUAUGCAAUAAUUGCCUCAUUUACGAGGAAUAAUUGCUGAUUAAGCCUAAAAAUGUGCAGAAGGAGUAGAUUAGUAAAAGAAGUUAUUUAAAUUAAUUGGAGAAAUUAGGUGAAAUAAAUAGGAGUCAUUUCACUCAUGGGACAUAGAAGGUCUGCGUUGAUAGAGGAGAUCUAGUAAGUGGUGGAAGUUCUGUUAAAGUGGAUGUGCAGAUUCCAGUGAGUGGCAUGCUAAUCAUGGGUCAGUAAUGCCAUGUUUUGAUGAAAAAGCAGAUAGCAUUCUAGAGUGAAUAAGUGAGUUCCCCAUUAAAUGAACACGAAGUAACCUUUUCCUCUAAUAAGGCCUAAUGAGGUCAGGGAUGGAAUACUAUGUGAUUUUAUGCAUCACGCUUCAGGGAUGCUGAGAGCUAAUUGGAAAAAGUCCAGUGGAGAUAGACAAGAAAGAUGAGAGGGCUAGACAACAUCGUCUUGUGUGUGAAAAAUGAAAGACUUUGGUUUGUUUAGUCUGCAGGAGGGAUGACCAAAGGAGUAUGCGCAUUUACAAAAAGCAAUUGAAGAAAAGGCAGUAAAAAAAACCAACAGCGCCACCAGAAAAACACAAAACUUGCACUCCAAAUACCCUGUUUGUGGAACAAGAUGUAAUUGCUAACUUUAGAGUAGACAUGAGGAGAAAAAAAAUCCUGAUGGAAACUUUGCAAAGCCUUGCAAUAUCUUCCCAGAAAACAUUUUAAAAUCAUUUACACAGUGGGAUUGCAGAUGCACACUGGCUCUGAAUUUGGGCCCAGGCUACCUGUGAACAUUUGCCAUUAAGUUUCACAUUUGAAGAUAUGCAUUAUAGCUGCUUUCAACCAUUUAUUAUACCUAUGGUUUUAUUCCAGCUUAUUUUUUAUUAAAAUUUUCAUUUUAUUAAAUAAAUCACUUAUCUUUUUAUGCAGCCUUCUAAAUUACAAGCGUUCUACUAUUUUACUUUUUAUUCAUUACUAGUCUAUGUAUGGAAUCACAAGAUGUCAUCUGUGAAUCAAAAGGCUGGUCUUAAUUAUUUAUUCUAAGUUUGUUAGAAUGUGCGGAAGCAUUCCUCAUACAGGUAAGAAACUGCUGUUUUAUACACAGGAGGUAUUUUGUGCUUGUUUAUAAUUUCCGGUUGCUGUAAAAGAACAUUCUCAACUUCAGGUUUUCU